AAUGCCGUUAAGGAAAGUGGUGAAAGGAACACCAUUAGACUUAUUGCCUGAAGGGCUACUGCAUCAUGACGAAGAUGCACUCACGCCUUGUCAGAAGGAAUGCACCGCGCGGCUGGGUGUGACAAUGCAGCUUGAACAGGAGGCAUAUUUAUCACAACAUCCAGAGAUCCGGGCAUUGUUGGAAAUAUUUGUUGGGAAAAUAUCACGCACGAAUAAAAGAAAAGGUAUUUUAAAAGAAGCCGCGGAACACUUCACGAGACCGGUCGAACAACUCGAUGCAGAAAUACGAAACCACCUCGGCUUGCCGCAAACGGAUCAGUAUGUAAAGGAAGGCAGUAAUACAUUUGUUUACAAAGACACUUCCCUCAUAAAUGACUUGAUUGGUAUAAUCAAUACGAACUUCCCCCCUGAGCCAAUUCGAAUACCAACGCCAGAAGUUUCGUCCGUCAACACUGCUUCGUCCUCGUUUAUUUCAAUUAUGACUUCGGACACCACACUGCCUACUCCGGAGCCCAUACCAACACCGGAGCCAACAUUAUCUGAACACUUAUUCGGUUUGGUAUCCAACACGGUGGACAAAGCUAUAUUCCUACACGUGGACGACGGAGCCCUACGCUAUGACACCGCUUAUGUGGAACUUACCAAAGCAGUGGAAGAAGCCAUGGAGAUACCUGUCGUUGAAAUAAAAGAAGACAUAGCGGAAUUGUAUUUUAACGCGUAUAAAAUGUUCGAAAUGGAUAUUAUGGAGAAGGAACGUAUCGCGGCUGAAAUCGCUUGGGAAAAGCGAAUGCGUAAGAAAAUGAAGAGGACGCUAAGACGCCUGGAUAAUUUUAAAGGAUAUGCUACUCCUCCAACACCAAAAAGCGAGAUUUCAUCACACGAGAGCUAUAAGAAGCCCCCACCCAAACCAUGUGUGUGUCACCCACAAAUCCAUUAUAAUCGCUAUCCUAAGGACCGCUUCGGUAUAUAUCUACCACGUGAAACAGAAUUCAGCGAAGGCAAUGUGACAGUCACUCCAGCGAUAUCCCUGGAAAGUGUGGCCGGCGAGCCAGCCGAAGAAAAUGUUGACACUAAGUCAGUAAUGAGCAAAAGGUCUGCUACCUCUGCUAAAAGUGCUGUCAGCAAGAAGACCACUUUUAAGGAAUAACGACGCCAUUUUAUUUUUAAA